ACGCAGCUACAUAGGUCAAUGUGUUUCUGCGUAAAAGAAACUCAGAACCUAUCAUAACUUUCGUGUAUAAUUUUGUUAAUCAACACCAUAUCUUGACAAUUUUGUAAUUGAACAAGUUCUAAAAAAUUGUGUAAUUAUUUAUUUAAAACUGUGAUGAUUUGUAAAAGUGUUUUCAAGAAUGCCAAUACAGGCACCACAGUGGACUGAAUUUCUUUCUUGUCCUGUUUGCUGUCACGACUUUGAUUCAACGCUUCGUGGACCUAUUUCUUUAGGAUGUGGUCAUACAAUCUGUCGUACUUGUUUAUCUAAUUUACAUCGUAAACAAUGUCCAUUCGAUCAGAAUUCCAUCAAUACAGAGGUAGAUAGGUUACCUAUAAAUGAAGCAUUAUUACAGUUAGUGAAUAAUUCAGUUCCUAAGAAUGAAAGUUAUGCUUAUACAAAACUCCUACCACCUGAACAUCAUGCGGAUUAUUUAAUUGCAAAAAGAUGUAUCGAAGUAUUGGCAUUGUAUCUGAAACCAUGCCAAUCAUCACCUAUAAAUGGAGCAGGAAUGGGACUUGUGUCUCGUCCUAUGCAAAGAAAACUAGUAACUCUAAUUGGCUGUCAAUUAGUAGAACCAGAAGGAAGAGCUCGAGCAGUCAGAGCAGCAAGAAGCUUAGGAGAGCGAUCAGUCACAGAAUUAAUUCUUCAACAUCAAAAUCCUCAGCAACUAAGUGCCAACUUAUGGGCAGCUGUAAGAGCUCGAGGAUGUCAAUUUCUUGGACCUGGUAUGCAAGAAGAAGUGUUAAAAUUAGUGUUAUUAGCACUUGAAGACGGAUCUGCUCUAUCAAGAAAAGUGUUAGUGAUGUUUGUUGUUCAAAGAUUAGAACCACAUUUUCCACAAGCCUCUAAAACAAGUAUUGGACAUGUUGUUCAACUUUUAUACCGUGCUAGUUGCUUCAAAGUAUCGAAAAGAGAGGGAGAUUCAUCUCUCAUGCAAUUGAAAGAAGAAUUUCGAACUUAUGAGGCACUUAGACGUGAGCAUGAUGCUCAAAUUGUUCAAAUUGCGACUGAAGCUGGUCUUAGAAUUGCACCAGAUCAAUGGUCUGCUUUACUAUAUGGAGACUCUGGUCAUAAAUCACAUAUGCAAAGUAUCAUUGAUAAAUUACAAACUCCACAAUCAUUUGCUCAAAGUGUCCAAGAGCUCGUGAUUGCACUUCAACGGACACCUGAUCCAGGUCAAUUAAGUAGUUUAAGGCCACAGCUAGAAUUAUUAGCAGGCAUUGAUCCCAGUCCAGAAACAGAAUAUCCAAGUUGGACAACCACUCGUGCAGCAUUAGAAGCUGUCAAAACAGUUAUCACAGCACUUGUUGAUUAUGUUCAAAAGCAUGGAAAUAGAAAGCCUCAAGAGACUCUUCAUACUGCUAGUCCAGGGCAAUUGAAAUAUAAAAUUAGUAUGUGUCGAGAUUUAGCUUUACGUGGUUCUUGUCCUCGUGCAACUAAUUGUACUUUUGCCCACAGUGAUUUAGAGUUGGAUAAAUAUAGAUCAAAACAUCGAAAAUUAAGUAUGAGAUCGAGUUUACCUCUGACUGGAAGCCCGGAUCAUAAAACUGAUAAGUCUGGAAUCUCAUCAAAUCUUCCACCAAAAGCUUAUAAAUCGUGUGGCGAUUUGAAUUAUUCAAUUAAAAUGAAUGAUAAUCAUUCAGACAAAUUUUACACUUUAAGAACCAUUAAGUGUUUACCACAUCCAGUGAUUAAUAAUGAGAAUAAUUUUACAAGUAAUAUGAAUAGUUUUGUUCUUCCAAAUCCACAAACUUGUUCUCAAGUGUCUGAAAAAAAUAUUGACAUACAGUGUCCUCAUUACAUUGUUCAUUCAAAUCCUAUAGACUAUUUUAAUGCAAAUUUACAUGUCUGGGAUGCUCCUCAAAUAGUUCCCAGUGGACAGAAUAGUCUUCAAAAUAAUAAAAAACAAAAAACUGUUGCUAAAACUCUAGCUGUGUUACUUCAACGAAGAAUGGAAAUAAUAAAUCAGUUAGAAAACAUUAUGGGAAAGCCCAUGACAUCACAGCAAUUGAAAAUUAAUUAUGAAAUUCAAGGAGAUGCUAUUCCUUACUCGAUAUGGGCUAAUAGGCCUGUUUCACAAACAACACCAACGCCUCAUCUUAAUUAUGGCAAUAAUUUUCAUCGCUCCGAUUCAAUUAUUUUCGAUGAUGAAUUUGUACCAUUUGAUGGAACUUCAGCUAAUAAAUAUGGACCAAUAUCACGGAUAUCAAAGUCAUUACAUAGACCAGCAAACGGAACACAAACCAAUUCAAUUUAUAAUGAAGGAAUUUCUCCAUCAAUUCAAACAAUUCGUCCUAUAACUGCUACAAAUUCACUGGGGUCAUGGUGUUAUGGCCAGCCUUAUGCAACAAUUGGAACAAAUUCAGGACUGCAAACGGUUCAAAAUUCCAAUUUUGGUGAGACUUAUGUAACUUUGGGACCAUGUAAUAUCUCUGAAUCUCCACCACAUGUGCAGUUAACACGACAGGAUAAUAUGUCUAAGGAUCUCAUUCUAGAGUCCCAAAAAGUAAAACAGCAGCUAAAGCAUUUGGAGAAAAAAAUAAACGAUCUGAAGUUAGCAACACAAGGAGCGGCAUUUAAUGAGGGCGAAAGACUGGCGCAAGAGCUUCAAAUAAUUGAGGCAGGCAUUCGAGAGAAAGAGAAAGACGUCCGCAAAUGGAAUCCUUAUUGUACAAUACCCUGUAUGCAACCAAUGAAUAAUCUUCUGUCUGAUCAGACUAUUAAUCAUUCGAUAAAUAAUGAUUUUACUACAAAAGACGAAGACUCAUACGAAGCAGAUAUAGCAAAUGAUAUUCGAGAGCUUGAAAUUCGUUGGGAUUAUGAAUUAAAAGAACAAGAAAAACGUUGGUCUAACGAAGAUGACAAUGUUCCACAAUUGUAAUUUUUAUAUAACGAUUCUUUGGACUUUUUGAAAGGACAUAAAUAUUGAGAUAAAUUUUUUAAUUUACAUGGUGAUGAAGUAAUUGAAAAUACAUACAUUUUAUGGUAAGAGAACUCGUGGAAAUCCUAGAUAAGUUCAAAUCAGGUAAAUCAAUAGACUUCACUGCUUUUAAUCCCAUCACAUAAAUACUGUACUUAUUAGAUAUCCAUCUCCAAUGGUCAAAACAAUGUGAUAUAAACUAAUUCUUUCUUCAAUUAUUCUGAACUUCAACCAUUUUUGAAGUUCAAAAUAAUAAUAAUUAUUAUGAAGCUGGACAUUAUCAAUAUGUUGCAGGGUCAUAUGAAAAAGCUUGUAGUUAUGUAACUGUGCAAAAUGCACGUAAAAGAUGAAGAACAUAUUUUAAAAACAAUCAAGCUAAGGAUGAAAAUGUGUUUGUUAAAAUUUAACAGAAAAAAUCGAUUUUAGUGUUUCAUAAACAUGACGAUUAUAGACUAAUUAUUUGUAUAUUUAUAUUUGCACAUUGGAGCAAGGAAUACCAAGUAUCAUGUCACUAUAAAAUUCGAAACAAAUUUUAACUAUUAUCUUAUUUUAGAUAAAUAGUUAAAUAUAAAUUUUAAAAAUAAGUGUACAUAAGUAUUUGUUUAUGACAAACAUAUACUAUUGUUAUUAAUAUCUCAAUUUGGUCAAUGUUUCAGUUUAAUUUUAAAAAACAGUUCGACUGUUCCUCGAAUUAAAAAAAAUUAUUUUAUUAUAUAUUCUUUAUUUUUGUUAACAAAUUUCUGAUUGAGAAAAUAAUAUAUUUAAUGUAAUACUUGAAGUGAUACGAGUUCAACGUCGUAUUAAUUUCAAUUAAUUGUUACUCACAUAAUGAGAGAAUUUGCAAUAAUAUUUCAGUUAAUUAUAUUUUUAUGAAAUGGACAUGCUUAUAGCUUAAAUAAUGAAGAUUCCAGUUUUAUUGGAAGUAUCACAUGGCCUUAGAAAGUGUGAUGGACAGAGAAUGAUUUUUUUCUUUGUGCUUGAAAUAAUACUGUUAUCAUCUUACUCUUAUGUAUUUUUAUUACUUUAUAUAAUGACUUCAUUAAUAUUGAGUAUUUGUUUUGUGAUGAAAUAUUGUGCAAUUGAUUCAUUCUUUAAAAGAAAAGUAUUUUAUGGAUUUAUAAAAUUUGAUUUCGAUUACAAAUAUAUUAUAAAAUGUUAAUUCAAUAUGGCAAAAACAACAAAGAAAUAAGAUGGUAAAAGGCUGUGUAAAGGGAAGUAAUAAGCACAACAUUACCGUUUGUGCUAGCUUCAAAUAAAUUGCAUGUUAAACAUGUCUUUAUCGAUAAGGACUUUAUUCAUAUAUACCCAUAUUGACGGUAUAAACCUUUAUAAAUAUAUUAUUGAUGUUUUUAGUUUAAACAUAAAUAAAGAAACAAGGGAAAAAGUUGUAUACAAAUUGAUAAUACAUUUACUUAUAUAUGUAUAAUUUACAUAACCAGUGCACUAAAAAAAUGUAUUGCUAUUUAUAUAAAUUGUUAAAAAAACAAAGAAAAUUAUUGCGGCAAAUGUUUUUAUGUCAGAUUUGUAUAAAUAA